AUGCUGCCCGUGCUGCCCUCACAAGUACUUCAGAACUACUGCCCCAAAUGUGAGGCCAUGGUCAACAGCCACGCUGACCUGGAGUUCCACGCCUCCUUCCAGUGCCUGGCCGUGGCCUUCUACCUCGACUGUGAUGACAUGGCCUUGAAGCACUUCUCCCGCUUCUUCCUGCUCCGCUCCCAUGAGCACAGCGAGCGGGCUGAAAACCUGCUGUUCCUGCAGAACCAGCGUGGCGGCCGCACCUGCUUCCUCGACAUCAGAAAGCCUGAGACCCAACAGAGGGAAAGUGGCCUCCAGGCCAUGCAGGACGUCCUGCAUCUGGAGAAGUGCGUCAACCAGAGCCUGCUCAACCUGUACCAGCUGGCCACUGACAGCAGUGAUGCCCACCUGUGCCACUUCCUGGAGACCCACCACCUGGACCAGCAGGUCAAGUUCAUCAAGGAGUUGGGGUAUGUCAGCAACCUGAGCAACAUGGGGUCCCUGGAAGGCGGCCUGGCAGAGUACGUCUUUGACAAGCUCACCCUGGGUGACAGCGACAAGAAGGACUAA